AUGGAGCUGGUGGAGAGAUGCGCUCUGCUGCUCAGGAGACGGUUUCUGAAUGAGACCGUCCGCCGUCACUUCGCGGCGGUGCUGGCGUGUAUGCUAGUGGGCGGCUCGCUCGUGAAGGAGCUGUGGCCGCUACCGGACACUUACCUCAAUAACAAGCGGAACGUCCUCAACGUGUAUUUUGUGAAGCUUUCUUGGGGUUGGACAUUCUGCCUUCUUCUGCCUUUUAUCGCGCUGACAAACUACGUGCUGUCCCAAAGCGUAAGAUUAGUGCUACGUCGGUUGAGCUCCUUGCUGGUGGGGACGGUUGUCUGGUACCUCUGCACAAGCUUUUUCCUAUACGUCGAACACAUCACCGGAAGCUGCUAUGACUCGGAAGCCCUGUUGGAGCUCAAAAGUCAGCACUCCAACAGAAGCGACUGUAAACUAAACGACGGGUACUGGCAUGGCUUUGACAUAUCCGGCCACUGCUUUUUACUGCCUUAUUGCGUGUUAAUGAUUAUGGAAGAAACCUCCGUUAUCCACGACGACCGCCUGGAACGACACUGGCAGAAAACGGCUAUAAACGUUUUGUUUGUGGCAUUGGGGUCUCUGACCAUAAUCUGGGUUUGGAUGUUUUUCUGCACUGCCAUCUAUUUCCACGAUAUCUGGCAGAAGUUACUCGGAACUGCCUUUGGUAUAACGGGGUGGCUCGUGACCUACAGGUGGUGGUACCUGAAGCCUUUGUCUCCUGGGCUACCCCCGAGAAGAACAUCUUACAAAGCAAAGCCGUGGGGCUACCACAACUAACUUUUAAUACCUCACUACACUUUAAGUUCAACAUUUAAAUUAUUUUUGUAAUUUUACUUUGGGGGGAAAUUACCAUAUUUGAACAAAUGCCGGUUGUAUCAAUUUUUAAACCGUUGCCAACAGCAGUGUCUUUACAUUCAUCAGAAGAACAUAA